AUGGCCAUUCCAGUCUCCUAUCUUCUUGCCGGCCAUCCGAUUUAUCUUAGGGAGUUGAGUGUCCUGAUUGAGCCGCGCGAAGAUGGACCCGUUGAAAUGCUGAUCACCUACGUGGUGACGCGCUGCUUAUGGAAGCCGGCAUACGAUAUCCGUCUCUUUAACAGUGAUGGAUCCAUGAAGGUAAUUUGUGUGUUCUACUAA